AUGCAUUGUAUUUGCCAGGGGGAAGCAUUGAUUCUCUCGAUUGCACAUUCUGAAAUAUUGCUCUGCUUUGCUCCGCUAGAAACUUGGACACUAAAAUGCAAAAAUAUCAGAAUCCAAAGCUGGAAACCGACUCCAAACUUGGUACCAUGGGUUCAGAAAACGCUGGACAAUUCUAGAGAUUUGAAAGUUUUGGAUAUCAAGGGACAUGGGAAUUUUAUUGAAAUUGGAGAAUCGGUUCCUGGAUUAACAAUUUUUGAAUCUCUAAAACUUUCGGAUGACACAAAUUUGACAGAUGAGGAUUUAGAGAAAAUUGAGGCAAUGGAUUUGUUUCUUUGCUCCUUGAGGAUUACGGUACGAGCAGUGAAAAAGAGAUUGGAGCAAUUCCUAAAAUAUGCCAGAAAGUCUAUCCGACCAAGAUCCACCUCCAUCUGGCAAGUCGUAUCCAGUCUUGAUGGGUACACUGUUAGGAAGUUGAAGGACUUCGUACAAAGUCUAAUUGGAAAGCGCCAGUUUGGCAAUAUGGUGCAUGAUCUUUUCAUGGAAACUGUGGCUCGCAUUCCGUUUGAAAUGCACGCAUGCGAAUGCACCGGUUGUUCGCUCAAUAGCGUCGUUAAAGCUAAGAAAGACCACAACGAAAACGUCAAGGUGACGAGAAAACGACUGGACAUUGGCGAGUUCAUUGCUACGUUCGUCGGGACGUUAUGUGGGCCUUUGACUGCAAAUGGUCUGAAAGCUGGUACCAUCAAUGUGCGGUAUUCAUAUACCGCGACCAACAAAAAUAGCAUCAAACAGGUGACUAAGUUGCUGAAAUCAAAGGAGUAUGUACGAUAUCUGAGGGGUCUGUUCUGGAGUCAGUGGAUCUCAACCUAG